CCUCCCACAAUGUCUUCUCUCUUCGGUUCUUCCAGCGGCCCGGUUGAACAGGCUCCUCCUGCCCCCACUGCCGCUGCCCAAGCCGCGCCCGCCGAAAAGCCCAAGCCUUGCUGCGUUUGCAAGACUGAAAAGACGGCCCGGGACGACUGCAUGCUGUUCUCGAAAUCCGACGAUCCGACGCAGGAAUGCAAAUCCACCAUUGACCAGUACAAGUCCUGCAUGGCUGGAUUCGGCUUCAAGGUCUAGAUUCCGUUGGGACCAUUCCGGUCUUGCGCCGUUGAUGGGAUAACGGGGCUGAUUCGAGGGAUUCGGUCCUGUCAAUUGGUCGCAUGUGCAUACGUGCAUGCAGCUGUUCGCUUUUUCUGCAAGGUGUUUGGGUUUGGGCUGCGUUGUAUAUUACCUAUGAGAUAUAUCUCCUUUCUUGUGCUAUAGAUAGAUGUAAAUUAGGAUUUUGAUCCAUGUGUUGAUA